UCGCCAGAAGCAGCAGGAGGAGGAGGAGGAGGAGGAGGCUCUGGCUGUGUGGAGAUCGCGUGAGGGGAGCCCGGCCGCCGCCGCCACCCCCCCGUGACCGGAGAGCGCGAGCCAAGCGAGGAGGGGAAGGCCUCGCGGAGGAGGAGGAGGAGGAGGCGGCGGACUCGAGCAAGCCCGCGCUGAGGCGAGGCGAGGCUCCGGCUCGCCGCCCCGCACAGCCUCUCUCUCUCUCUCUCCCUCGCGCGCGCGCUCUCCCUCCCUCCCCCCUUCUCCUCCUCCCUCCCCUCCAACAUGUCGGCGCCGGCGGCCAAAGUCAGCAAGAAGGAGCUCAACUCCAACCACGACGGGGCCGACGAGAUCUCAGACAAAGAGCAACAGGAAGCAAUUGAACAUAUUGAUGAAGUACAGAAUGAAAUAGACAGACUGAAUGAACAAGCCAGUGAGGAAAUUUUGAAAGUAGAACAGAAAUACAACAAACUCCGCCAACCAUUCUUCCAGAAGAGGUCAGAAUUGAUCGCCAAAAUCCCAAAUUUUUGGGUAACAACAUUUGUCAACCACCCACAAGUAUCUGCACUGUUGGGGGAAGAAGAUGAAGAAGCACUGCAUUAUUUGACCAGAGUCGAGGUGACGGAGUUUGAAGACAUCAAAUCAGGUUACAGAAUAGAUUUUUAUUUUGACGAGAAUCCGUAUUUUGAAAAUAAGAUGCUCUCCAAAGAGUUUCACCUGAAUGAGAGUGGGGACCCGUCAUCAAAAUCCAGUGAAAUCAAAUGGAAAUCUGGGAAGGAUCUGACAAAGCGUUCAAGCCAGACACAGAACAAGGCCAGCAGAAAGAGGCAGCACGAAGAACCAGAAAGCUUCUUCACUUGGUUUACUGACCAUUCUGAUGCAGGAGCUGAUGAGCUAGGCAAGGUCAUUAAAGAUGACAUCUGGCCAAACCCAUUGCAGUACUACCUGGUUCCUGAUAUGGAUGACGAAGAAGGUGAAGGAGAGGAGGAGGAUGAUGAUGAUGAAGAGGAGGAAGGACUGGAGGACAUUGAUGAGGAAGGUGAUGAAGAUGAGGGUGAAGAAGAUGAAGAUGAUGAUGAGGGUGAAGAAGGAGAGGAGGAUGAAGGAGAAGAUGACUGAACACUGAUGGAUUCCAACCUCCCUCUGACCCCUCCCCUCUUUUUUUCCCCCCUCCAGUCCCUGGGAGCAAGUUACCGUCUUUCCCCCCUCCUUUUGUGCUCAGUCGCCUUGUUCUCUUGAGGUCUUUUUUUCUCUCCUCUUCACCAUGGUUCACAAAAUUUUUGGAGAAAAAUAUCUUGAGCAGAAUACAGUGGAAAAGAAUCUCUAUUCAUUUCAAUUUUUUUAUCCCUCUGUUUUGAAACAAACUGUUAAAUGAAAUCCACACGCCGUGUUCUGUGGGGAGGAAAGAGAACCUUCUGCUCCCUUCACUCUGCUGGAAGCUGAAGAGUGCUAGGCCCCUGUGUAGUAGUGCAUAGAAUCUAGCUUUUUCCUUCUUUCUCUGUAUAUUGGGCUCGGAGAUUACACUGUGUCUCUAUGUGAAUAUGGACAGUUAGCAUUUACCAACAUGUAUCUGUCUACUCUCUUGUUUAAAAAAAAAAGAAAAAGCUAAAAAAAGGGGUUAUAGACAGGGUAAGCGUGGGUGGGUUUCAGAUGUUGGGGUGGGUUAAGUGGGCAUUUUGACAAAACAUGACUUCUCCUUUGGCAUGUUUAAUUGUGAUGUUUAAACAAAACAUCCUUACAGUUUAAGAUGACACUUUUAAAAAAAUAAAAUUCUCUCCUAAUGAUGACUUUUGAGCCCUCCCACUUGAUGGAGAAUCAGCAGAACCUGUAGGAUCUUAUUUGGAAUUGACAUUCUCUAUUGUAAUUUUGUUCUUUGUUUUGUUUUUUCAAUUUUUUUUUUGUUUCACUGGAAAAGAAAGAUGCUCAGUUUUAAACGUUAAAAAGUGUACAAGUUGCUUUGUUACAAUAAAACUUAAUGUGUACACCAGGGGGCUGAUAGUCUUCACUGAAGAAGCAUGUUUUGACCCAGAGCCUUUAGUUUGGUUUCUCAGUGUACAAAUGUUCCAUUCGUACUAAAUAUAUAUAUUGCAGGAAAGACAAUGAUUAAAAAGCAACGUCCACAUGUAUAUAAAAAUCAUUGCAGUUUCCUCCCCUUUAACAAAACCUUUAAGUCCCUCAUACAGCCUAAAGCUUUCCAAGGCUUGACGGUUGAGGCAGGAGAGGCAUCUGCUGUCCCUGCCACAUCCCAGAGCUUACUUGGGACUGGUUUUCUCAGUCAGUGUGGAAGACGGCCAAGCAAAGCUCUCUUUUAAUUAGUUCUCUGGAUUUGGCCCUCGGUCAUUCUUGGGACUUGAGUACCUGUUUUGAAAUCUAGCAAGAGUGAUACUUCAAAAAAAAUCAUAUUUGAUGUAGGUGGAAUUUUAACUGUAACUUCAUCUAUUGGUAUCAAUAAAGAUCAUCACUGGAUUGGCACAUGUUAAGUGGGUGUUGGUCCUUAAAGAGUCUCUUGAAUUUUGGCCUCUUUUCCUCAGUAGUGGUUUAUGACUUGAGUGUGGUUUAAACACUUGUUCUUCCAAGAUGUUCUAAUCCUAGUUGACCGUGGAAGAAUCUUCACUGGUGCUUCUUGAGAAGUGUGUGAAUAAGGCUUCCAUAUAGAGUAGGAAGUGAAACACAGAUUAUAACACAAUUGAGCAAGAAUAUGUACAGGUAGGUCUGCAGAAAAUAUUUCCAUGCCAUAUCCUAGAUGAAUGUUGGAAAGGAAAUCUAAAUGGUUUUAACACAAUAUCUUACUCUAGAAAUGUAAUGUGUAAAAAUGUAUGUGCAGCUGUUUAGACCAGUAAAAAACUACACUUUCAAUCUACUGAAAAGUGUAUUUUGGAAUAGAGUAGGUUUAUAGCAAAUCAUUUGUGUAGGGUUGUGAAUCUAGACAGUGGCUGCAAAAUAGUGUGUUAUGCUGAAAAGUGAGGAACUGGUGUCUCACUCUCCACUUGUCAACAGGUUGUAGCAAAAACUGCUUUUGACCUCAUUUACCAACUUGCAACAUUGUUCACAUCUUCUCUUUUAAGAACUUUGAAAUGUAGGCAUUUUGAGAAUUUUAAAACAUUGAUAGUCGGUGCAGAGAGACCUUAAAUAAUGACCUUAAGCAGCAGUUCUUUAACUGGUAGUAGCACAAGAUCAGGCUGCUAAGGUGUGAUUU